AUGGAAGCAGGAAACCUCACGGAAGUAUUAGAAUUCCUCCUCCUGGGUCUCUCAGAGGAUCCUGACCUGCAGCCCUUCCUCUUUAGAGUGUUACUGUGCAUGUAUCUGGUCACUAUACUUGGGAACCUGCUCAUCAUCCUGGCCGUCAGCUCUGACUCCCACCUCCACACGCCCAUGUACUUCUUCCUCUGCAACCUGUCCUUUGUCGACAUGUGUUUCACCUCCACCAUCGUCCCAAAGAUGCUGGUGAACAUCCAGACAGAGCGCAAAGCCAUCUCCUACAUUGGAUGCCUCAUUCAACUGUAUUUUUCUAUGAUUUUUUCUGUAAUGGAUAGUUUCCUUUUGACCGUGAUGGCCUAUGACCGGUAUGUGGCCAUCUGCCACCCCCUGCACUACAUGGUCAUCAUGAACCCACGCGUGUGCAGCCUGCUGGUUCUCUUGUGUUGGUUCAUCACAUUCUGGGUCUCCCUAGUUCAUAUUCUAUUGAUGAGGAGGCUGACCUUCUGUGUAGGAACUGAAAUCCCACAUUUCUUCUGUGAACUGGCUCAGAUGCUCAAUGUCGCCUGUUCAGACGCCCUUAUCAAUAACGUCUUAUUAUAUGUGAUGACUGCCCUACUGGGUGUGAUUCCUGUCACUGGAAUUCUCUAUUCUUAUGCUCAGAUUUUGUCCUCUUUAAUGAGAAUGUCCUCUGCAGGGGGGAAAUAUAGAGCAUUUUCCACCUGUGGGUCUCACCUCACUGUUGUCUCCUUGUUCUAUGGGACAAGCCUGUGGGUCUAUCUUAGUUCUGCUGUGACCCAUUCUUAUCUACAAAACUCAGUGGCCUCAGUGAUGUACACUGUGGUCACCCCCAUGCUGAACCCCUUCAUCUACAGCCUGAGGAACAAGGAUGUGAAGGGGGCCUUGGGAAGCCUUCUUAGCCGAGGAGCCCGUUGUCUGUGA